GGUAUUAAACUGUUUUGAAUUGCCGUAAGCGGUGUCGUCUAUUACGUGUCACGUGGUGCACACAUCCGUUGCAUUAAUAGACCUCUUUCCGGACUUAUUCGUGCACACGCACACGCGCUUUCAGAGAAACAAACGUGCUAGGAACAAUUAGCGAAGUAGAUAGGGUCGUUCACCACGCUUGACACACGUCUGGCUUUUGCUAAAUUGAUUAUUCGCUGUUUGCACCGACAACGAGCACCUUUCAUUCGUGGUUAGCAACUCAAAUUCUUUUAACCAUGACGGACUACGAGCGGCACCACGGCAAGGUGAACUUGGCGGGGUCGCGGUCUGCUACACAAGUGCACGACGUGCACGGCCGUCCCUUGCCAACAGACCGCAAUGCCCUCGUCGUGGCCCCCCCCGCGUCUUCCGCCCUAACCGGGUCGCUCAUCACGAUGGGUGUCGUAGCGCCGACCACGUCUCCACUGCGAACUUACGCAGAGUGGUAUUUGGCCCAUUGCUCCGACGCCUCUCCGAUCCGCACCGUACCGACAGUGGAGUGCUUUAAACAGGAGAGCCGCGCUGCUGGCCGCAAGCAGGAGGCGUACCUCUGGUCCCUCCUGCAGGACAUCUACACCGAUGCGGAGCAAGCCGAUCAAUACCACCCCGAUGCCAUCGGUAUCGAGUCGAUGCAGCCGCAUAGGCGUUGGUUUAUCUCCCAGUACGCCCAUCUGCAGGCUUUCUUGCAGCGCCAGCCGGUGCUGCGCCGGGCGAACAUCAUUUGCCGCUGGCUCGAGGCCACCUACCGCGACGACACCCGGCAGGAGCCGAGCCUGCAUGGAGAGGAGGAGAUCGUACUCCGCCAGCUCAUCCUGACGCACCUACGCGGUGGCGAACUGCACCGGGCCAUUCAGGCCGCCGUCACCUACGAGAGCUGCGUGCACAGCUGUGUGCUGAGCGCGGCCCAGCUGCAGACGGUGCAGGAGCCGUGGUUUGCGCAAACCGCCUUAGUGCCUUUGUUUGGCGAGUACGCGCACGGUGAGUUGGCGCAGGCGUGGUGUGGCAACGAGUACCGCCUCGAGAACCUCUCGCAGCUAUACGAGGAGUCGUUGCGGUACCGCAAGACGGCCGCCGCCGCGGUCGGGGCGGGGGGCAGCGCGGAGCGGCAACCACCGAAUGCCAGCAACGACUUCGAUGCCGUGAUUGGCGCCGCGCUGUGCGGCAACCUCAACGUUCUGGAAGCUGCGUUUAAAGUGAACGGGAACUGGAAGGACAUGGCGUGGUGCUACCUCCGCUGUGCGCUGGUGGUGGCCUUUACGAAGCAGCUGGUGGUGGCAGCCGGGGCUGGCGGAGACGAGGCGGGCCGCUCUGCGAUUGGCGCCGUCGACGGGAGCUACGCCGCGUUCAUUGAGGAGAUGACGGGCGGCGGCGAUGACUGGGCCGCGACCUUUUCUCAGAAGUUGGUGCAGGGCUUAGCCGCUCGUCUGCAGUCUGGCUUCCUGGCCCAUGUGCCGCUGGAGGAGCAGCUGCAGAUGCGCGUGAUCCUGCAGACUCUCACAUGCAUGGACGGGAAGGGCCCCAGCGGGCUUUUCGUAUCCGGGCCGUCAGCCGUCAUGAUGAUGCGACCACCACCACCGCCAGCUGCAGCUGCCGCUGUUGGUGGCGUGCCCGCGGAGUGGUUUGACAUUGUACCCGAGGACGGCAACAGCGAGGCAGCUCGGCUCAUUACGCAUGUCGUGCUGGUGCAGGAUGUGGCCUACGGCGAGACGCUCAGCCCGCAUUCGGUGCAGGUGCGCGCCGGGGCCGCCCUGGCCACCUCGCUCGCCCGCUACGCCGUCUUUCUCGCCUUGCUCCCUCGUUACCCGUUUAACGAGGGUCUGCGGGCGGUGACGGCGAUGACGCUGCGGCUGCGUGACCCACGGCACCGCGCUGGCGUCUACGCCGCGUUCAUCAAAGCCGCGCGGGAUUACGAGUUGGAGCGGCAGGACCUAACGCGCAGCCAACUCGAGGAGCAGGAGGGCCGACUGGUGCGGCAGUUCGUGACGGCCGACGCGGACUCGCAGGUGCAUAUCGAGGUGCAGCAGCUUCUGUAUCAGCAGGUGGCGCCGGCGGAGAUGCUGACGCACAAUAAGUUGGCGGAGAAGAUCAUGUGGGAGGCGAUGCACGCUGAUUCGAUCGCGGACUACGUGCGCGUGUUGCGUGGCGGGUUGACGGCGUGCUGCAGCUUUUGGCUGACGCGGCCCGCGGCAGAGGUGGAGGCGAUCGCGGAUGUGAGCAACAUUCUGACCCGCCGCGUCUUAGUGGAGUUGCAGAAGCUGUCGGAGAAGUACGGCGAGGACGAGGCGGCCGCUGCGGCGGCAACUGCCCCGUCGUGCAGCCCGAUGACGGAGCUGGAGCGCAGCGAGUCUACGUUUUGGUACGUGUGGAGCGAGGCCCGCGGCAUUGCGAAGCGGCACGCGACGACGGCAGCGGAACUGGCAGGUGCUCGCGCGAACGCGGCCUUUGCCGGUGCCGCGACCGGACACUCAAAUCGUACCCUUGUGUACCAACUCACGCAGGACGAGACGACGCUGCUGAACCGACUCGUGGAGCAGACCCAGCGAGCGUUGCGGCACGGCGGAGCCGUCGUGCACCGCGAUCGGCAGUGCCUGACGGCCAUUAUCUGGCUGGUGCAGCAGCUCGCCGAGGAGGUGACGCUCUCGAUGCUGUCGAACCGGUCGGUGAACACGGCGGAGGCGGAGGAGGAAAGUCCGGCGCCACAUGAUGAGCUGCGUCGCAUGCAGCAGGUGUACGAGCUUUUAGAAGAGCUGCACCUGGCCGGAUACUUCGAGCCCGAAUUGCUGUCGCAGAAGUGCGCCAGUGACUUGUACACACAGAUACGCGCGAUGCGGGUGUCGUACGGGCAGCAGGUGCACCGGCGUCAGGUGAUGGCCGCGCUGCGUGCGCGAACUGCGUGUCGGGUUCAAGACGCGAACGCGCAGCUGGAGUCUGAGAACUCCUUUUAG